AUGUCCACCCCAAACCACCGCCCACUCAAGAGGGAAUCCUGGCGCCCACACCAACCGCCACAACAACCCACGCAACAUGGGCAAUCGUCUCAAGGACCUCCCGGACAUGGACAAGGACAAGGGUGGGGAAGGGCGGGGCCUAGAGAUCAGGGGUGGAAUUGGGGUGGUGCUGGUGGGGAUGGCGAGGAUAGGGAGGGUCGGGGCGUUAAUUGGGAAAGGGAGAGGGAAAGGGAGAGGGAAAGGGAGAGGCCUAGGGGGAAUGGCGUGCAGAGCAGCGAUGAUGGCUGGAGAGCGCAAGGCAAGAGGAAAGAGCUCUCCCCCGAGCGGCCCAGGGCCAACUUUGUGACGCAUUCCGAGAGAGAGAGGCAGGAGCGAGAAGCGAGACGGCAUGGUGGGAAGGAUUCAGAACGGCAGGGCUUCAAUGGCGGAGACUGGGAUAGGGAAAGGGGCAGGGAAAGGGAAAGGGAUAGAGGGAGAGAAAAGGGAAGGGAGCAGGGCUACGACCGCCCGCCGUUUCCUACGAGCGAACGUCCCUCGGGUCAGUCUGGUGGCUACAUCAACCCACCAGGACCUCACGCCCGCCCCCUGCCCCCCCGAGAUCAACAGCUCCCGCCGCCUCAAAGCACCAGGCGCUCGAGUCCAGACUAUGGACACUCCCGGCGCGACGCAGAGCAGCCUUCCCGAGACGAGCUUUCUCAUCCUCCCAAACAGCCUCAUCCAAGGUCGGAGGACAGACGUGGAAGGGGAGACGACGGUCAUCAGCAGGGUCCGCCGACAAAGAGACGGCGAGGUGGAAGAGAGAGUCCGGACUAUGGUGUUGGCGGCGGUAGCAGAGACGCUCCAUCGCGAAGACCCGUGUCCCCUUCACUAUCUGCUCGAUCCCGGUCCAGAGAACGUACUCGCUCGCCAACCCUCUCCCAUCGCUCCCACGCCCACUCCCACUCCCAUUCCCAUUCCCAAACCCACCGCCAGCGAUCCCCCUCUCCUGCAGACUCGGACCGUCUCUCCACAACAUCCGGCUGGUCCCGCCGCGGCCACGGGCGUGAGCGGGACCACGACAGAGACGGAGGCUACGACCGUCCACGGGAAAACAGGUCUGACCGAGGAGACUCAUCACGACCCCUCUCUGACCCUCGCCAGCAUACUCCCCACGCCCACGCCCACCGACCGCCUUUCCCUCACUCUGGACCGCCUCCAGACCGUUCGGGCGAUAACGGCUGGUCCCUCCGACGUCGGGGCGGACCCCUACCGCCGCCAGCGCCUUUUACGCCCACGCCGAAUCGGUUUGGUUCUGGCCCAGGACCAGGGCAAGGGUUGGAUGGGGUGCCGACUGGGCCUGCGAGUGGACGAUCUGGGAGAGGGUUUGAGGAUAGACGGUUUGAGGACCGUCCUGGGUUUGGGCCCAAUUCCAACUAUGGCCCUGGACCUGGGCCGCCUGGUCCAUCUGGUCCAUCUGGUCCUCCACGAAAUACGGGCAGAGACAUCCCCAUGCGCCAAUGGGGCCGCCCCCCGAACCCCAGUGAAGACGCCCCCUGGGACGACCGUCCCCCUACCCGUUCCUUCCCUCCCACCGACCCCAGCCCAUCAUUCAACCGAGAACCUCCAAAUUCCGAGGGUACCAGGCGCUGGUCUCGGUCCGACAUGAUGGAUCGAGAAAGAGACGUCCGAGACGGUCCUUCAGCGGGGUACGGAGGGCGUAGAGGCGGGGAGGAAAGAGAGUUUGGGAGGGAGCAAGCGGAAAAGUAUGGGUAUGACCGGAUCAAGCCUUUACCUUCACGAGGGCACACUCCGUCUCGAAGAGGCUCUCCAGCGCCGUCAGAGCCUAGUAGGUAUACCCCACCAAGACCUGCACCCCUCUCAUCUCCCCGCCAUGCGAUUUCGCCACGUGGACCAAAGCGCUUGGAACCGCCCCAUCGCUCGCCUUCCCCCGAGCCCCAAUACCAGAACUCAGACCCAACUUACCCCUCUCCCCGACCACAAAUACCGAUAGACGCACCCACCUCUUUCGCAGAGUACAUUUCCCGCCCCGAAGAUCCCCUCGUAUCCAUCCCCGAGCCCGAGCCCCAAGUCGAAGAGCCCCAGCCUCUACAGAGGAUGGAGCCGCUCAAAAUCUCGUUCGCGCCCAUCGGGAAGCCGGCGGCCAAGGCAAAGGUCAAUGGGGGUACGGAAGGGAAGGGUGGUUGGAAGUCAUUAUCGGGCGUUGGCGGCGUUGGGAUCUCGUCCGGGGCGGAGAAGCGAAAGUUGUCGCUAUUCGAUGAUGAGGGGGAAGAUGAGGCUGGGGACGGAUCCCGAAAAGAGAGUGAAGCAGAAGUGGAAGCUCCGACAGAAAAGAAUGAGCAGCCGACUUUGCCUCAUCCUGACGCACUCAUCCAUCGACUUACACUCGCUUCUCAACGAUACAACACCCUCCUAUCCGCCUUGCCCACCUUUCUCCGCGCAGCGUUCGACGCUUACGCCACUCUUCUUCCCUCCCCUUCCUCCUCUGUCAAUCCUCGACAUCCACUUCCACCAAUGGACCUCUUCCUCGACGAAUUUCUCAAUAAACGUGCGACGAUGGACGAGAUCACCCGCGUAGAACAAGUCUGGGAAGCGAGGAUGGCGUGGGAAGCGCAAGAGGAGGAAGGGAGGAUGUAUCUGGAACAGGUUGGGAAGGGCGGGAUCGUGCAAGGCGGUGAAGAGAGGGGAGAUAUGGAUCGGGAGAAGAUGGAAGUCGAUGCUGGGCCAAUUAUGGAAGUGUUGGCGCAACCCACUCCGGCACCGUCGGAUACUUCGGCUCAGCCUCUUGAGCCUGCGCCUGUCCCCGAAGAUAUCGCCCCGCUGCCAGUGUAUCAAAAGAUCACCCACGUCGGUGAAGGUACUUAUGGGAAAGUCUACAAAGCUCGGUCUACGAUUACUGGUCAAUUUGUGGCGCUCAAGCGUAUUCGGAUGGAGGGCGAGAAGGAUGGUUUCCCCGUGACGGCGAUGAGAGAGAUCAAGCUGCUCCAAGCGCUGCGAGACGGCAAUGUCUUGAGGCUUCUCGAGAUGAUUGUUGAACAAGGCUCAGUGUACAUGGUGCUCGAGUAUAUGGACCACGACCUCACCGGCCUCCUCUCCCACCCUACAUUCCGCUUCACCCCCGCCAACAUCAAAUCCCUUUCCCAUCAGAUGCUCGCUGGCCUGUCCUGUCUGCACCACCACUCUAUCCUUCACCGUGAUCUCAAAGGCGGCAAUAUCCUGAUCAACUCGAGAGGAGAGCUCAAGCUCGCCGACUUUGGGCUGGCGAGGUUUUAUGAAAAGGAUCGGAAAAGGGGUAGGAGGGAAGACUAUACGAAUCGCGUUGUUACGCUUUGGUAUAGAAGCCCGGAGCUCUUACUGGGAGAGACGGUGUACGGGCCCGAGGUGGAUAUGUGGUCUGCUGGGUAAAUCAUCCAUCUGCUGUUGGUGCACGGCUGACAAUACGCAGCUGCAUCAUCCUCGAGCUAUUCACCACCAAACCGAUCUUCCAAGGCAACGACGAAAUCCACCAACUCGAGACCAUCUACUCCAUCAUGGGCACGCCCAAGGAGAGCGAGUGGCCGGGGGUGAAGGCGUUGCCUUGGUACGAGCUGGUCAAGCCAAAGGAGGUUGUGGGGAGCAAAUUCAGAAGCUCGUUUGCCAAGUGGUUGAGUCCAGCUGGCCUUGAUUUGGUGGAAGGGUUGCUAUUCUACGACCCUUUGAAACGUCUUUCGGCAGACUCGGCUCUGAAGACAGCGUACUUUACGAGUGAAGAUCCUACGAUGGAGAAACCAACUCAACUGGAAGGUAUGGGGGAGCAUCACGAGAUGACGGCAAAAGCAGAGAAGAGAAGACGGCGGAUGGAAGAGGGCGAGUCGAGACAUGGAUCAUGAGGUCCUUUCAUAUGUCUGUAGCUGUAGACUCUCAACAUAAUAAAGCAUCACUACUUAAUCAUGAAUUCAUCUGCAUUGAG